AUGGCUAGGGUGAUGGUGCUUGUGUUUUACAUCCUAGUGCUAGUGAAUAUUGCAAGUGUUCCAUCAUCUUCAGCUGCUCGUUUAUUAGGAACCAACGAUAAAACCAAAAUAUCUACUAUAGAAAAGAAGGUUAAGAGUUAUUUGUUACAAAAUGGACUUGGUCAGACACCUCCCAUGGGAUGGAAUAGUUGGAACCAUUUCGGUUGUGAUAUUAAUGAAAGUUUAAUCCGAUACAGGUAUAUAUGUUCUUCAUCUUCAACGUUUCCUUCGGGAAUCAAGGCUCUGGCUCAUUAUGUUCACAUGAAAGGCUUGAAGUUGGGGAUUUAUUCAGAUGCUGGAAAUCUAACUUGUAGUAAACGCAUGCCUGGAUCACUAGGACAUGAAAUACAAGAUGCCAAAACAUUUGCUUCUUGGGGAGUAGACUAUUUGAAGUACGACAAUUGUGAAAAUAAUGGUAUAAGCGUUAGAGAAAGGUACCCACCAAUGAGUGAAGCCUUGUUAAACUCUGGAAGACCAAUCUUCUUCUCUAUGUGUGAAUGGUGAGUUGAACGGGUGAUGGUGCUUCUCAU